AUGGGGAUGGAUAAGAUCUUUCAAGUUAUGAGGUGCCAGGAUCCUCAGAAGCUUAUGUAUUUUAUGUAUAUGCUGGAGGGUGAUGCCCACGAGUGGUGGUGUAAUGUAUCUCGCCCUUAUGUUAUUCAGGAGUAUUUUCCCAGGGAUGUCCGGGAAGCUAAACAGGGGGAAUUUGAUAAAUUGGUACAUGGUUCUUUAUCUGUGGAUGCUUAUUUGGCCAAGUUUAAUAAGUUGGUCAAGUUUGCCAAUUUUGGGGGUACUAUGCAUACUCUGGAUUUCUUAUCUGCGAAGUAUUCUAAAUGUAAUUCUUCUAAUGAUCAAGAGGUAAAUAGGACGGCUGGUCUUUCUGGUUCUAAUUACAAGGAUCUUCUUCACCACCAUAAUAAUAAUAGAGGUAGGGGGUUGCAGGUAAGGCAACCUCCUAAUCAAUUCAAGAGGGGUGGUGGCCAGAGGGGUGGAUUUAAUGAUAGAAAUUCUACUCCACAAUGUGAAAAAUGUAAGAGGUACCACAGGGGUCCUUGUACUGCUGCUCCAAAUUCUUGCAUCAAAUGUGAUAAGGUUGGACAUUAUACUAGAGAAUGUUAUAGCAAUACUGGACAGGCUACGAAUCUGCAGGUCUUUCCAUUUGUUCCUACUGUGGAACGUGUGUAUACUACUAAUGUAUAG